UGCAUUACAGCACAGGUCAGUGGCCUGUGAGCUGCACUGCGAUUCAGAAGAUGGAGAGACUUCUCAAUCUGAUGAAUAGCAUUAUUUACUCAUGGGUGAGCCCCAGCACUAUAGACACAGCAAUGGACAUGAUCAUUGCCAUUCUGUGUGGAGCUGGGCUCUUUUUCCUACUGACCCCCUUCCUGAAGAACCUCCCUGUGUCACCAUGUGAAAGUGAAAUGGACAUCACAGAGGAUGUGAAGAGGAGGCAGACAAAGACCAGGAAGAAAAUCGCUACUCGAAAAGGUUGCAGAGAUGCUGCAAAGAAUGUGGAAGAGACCAAGACUCCAUCACAACUUAUGAAAAUGGAGCAACUUCUCCAGGACUCCACACCACAUCCCUGGUGGAACCCUCUUCAGAAAAUGGACCACCUUCUGAUAUUUCAGCCAUUGUCUCAUCUCAAUUGCUUGGAGUAUCUUAUACAGAAGGAAUUUAGUCACAUUUUCUGGGGCAUAUCCACUCUUUUCUCUGAGUCUGUCGUUGCUACUGCCCAUGUCCUCAGAAACCGUUCCUCAGCAGAACAUAAAACCGUGAGGUUUCGUGAUGCCUGUCUCCCUGGCCAAGCUCCUUCCCAUGAUAAAGGACCUCCAGAGUGUUCCCAAGAACAGCCAUUGCUUGCACAACUUUUGACACCAAGCUUGUUAGCUGUGACAAAGGCUCAACUAAUGCAAAUCUUCCCAAGCUCUACACCAAUCAAAACACCUCCUUGUUUCAAGAGGCAGGCCUUUGGAAAACCACGUCCUACCUGUGACAAAGGUAUACAGGUAUCCCUAUCAAUGGAAAACCAUGCCUGGCAACAUGGACAGUAUUGGAACCCCACCGAAGGUGAUGAUAUCCAAAAACAUCAGGCAGCCUUUAUGAGACCGACUCAAAACUUGACCUUACACAGUGAGGCUGUCAGGUCAGGCUCCAUCCUUCCUGAGCAUGGGCAGAUGGCCCACAAGAAUGAGGGGCCACAGAAUGAAGGGAAGGAAACUAACGUGGGACAAGGACAAGGGACCCCCAUCACAUUCCUCCCAUCCUGGAAGCUGACCCAGCUUAAGGGAAAUUUUCCUGCAAUAAAUGAAAAUGAAAAUUAUUGCAAGAGCAGGGCUCAACUCUCCCAACCUGCCCAGCACUCCAUCCUCAACCACAAAAGCUACAUGUGGAACAACAUGAUGGGGACUGUGCCCAUGGAGGUACCCUUACAGGAGGUCACAGAAAAGAAUGAUACACAUACCACCAUCAAGAAGGGCACUUGUUUAGGGGGCAAACACCUGCCUUGCCCUUCCAUCAGCAACCUUGAGAAGGGGCUGAAAUUCAGGAACACCACACUAAGGGCAGAAAAGCAGUUUUAUAUGAACACUGCUGACGAUCAUUCUUACCUUGAUUCAAAAACUGAAAGGAAGUUGCAAUCCAAUUUUACAGAACCUCCAGUCAAACCCAGAGGGAAACCAUAUCUGCAUUUCCUUGAGGCAAGCCAUCUUGCCACACCUGGAGUUCCAGCCUCAAACCUUCCCCAGGUUGCGUUUCCCUUCUCCCGCAUCUGUGAUUCCAAGGAGGAGUACUAUUCCAAGGCUGCCAUGAUCCUGGAAAAUUUGCAUCACCGGGACCCAGGAGGGAUAAGGGUAGAAAAUGCCUCAACUGCCAGGCUAGAGAGUGCUCUGUGGAUGCACUCAGCUGCAGAGGUGCAGGAGAACCAAAGAGCCCCUCAACCUGAUGUCAGUCAUGGGCCCUCACAAGUCCAACCAGAUCCCUUUCAGACAUACCUGAGUUUUCAGCAACCUGAUUUUUGCGUCCAGGCAAAACCCCAGCAGACCACGACUAUGGAAGGAAGUGAAACAGGCAGUCUCCAAAUAAAUACCAACACAAAAAUUGACAAGCAUCCACCCAGGAAGAUAUUUCAGUAUGAGGACUCAGCUCAUCCCUGGUGUCGUGUGAUAGUGCUUGGUCAGAAUGAAACCGUCCCACCCUCAGCAGCCAAACCAAGCAACAUUGUGGAGGUGAAAGAAGAGCCAUCUGCAUGGACAGUGAGUCUGGGAUCCAGUGAGAGUCACAGUUGCCAAGCUUUCGGUAUCAGUGCCAGGGACAUUGGAUCUUUACAGCCCAACAAACAUCCUGGUCAUCUGCAAACACCUACCCUACAGCCCUCAGUGGACUCCAUCCAAAACAUACAAACACACAGUAUGAUAGACCUGAAAUCAAAGGACCAGGCACAGCCCUGGCCUGUGAGUGACGAUCCAGAUGUCCCCAGUACAGUACACCCUGCCUUGGUCAGCUUGCCUUCAAAACACUGGAUGCAUAGCUUCCAGAAUACAUGCCAAAACCAUGUAAAUACCCUGGGUUUAGGUGAUGUCUCCAUGAGGAGACAUGAGAGGGUAGAAACUGGAGAGAUAUGUGUCCCAGAGGAAAAUCUUGAAGUGAAGGAUUUCAAGGGGUCCCAACCCCAUGAAGAGAAGCAGAUUACUAUAAGAUCUAGAGCCAUAAGCCAGGGAGAAAGGCUCGGGAGAAUAAGUCCUUCCAUCCCAAGCUCCAUCCAGAUCAAGGAUACAACCAAGACUUGGAUACCAGGGAAAGGGGAGGUUACUUCGAAGAGUUCUUUGAAUAACAUCACAAGGACUGCUUCACAAUAUGGAAAGGACAGCACAAAAUAUUUAGGGCAAGGGGAUUCCUUAGAGAAUGUUCUCCACACAUCAGGUACUGAGCAAAUACAGGAGGUGAUAACAAGAAACAAGGUCAUCUACAAUACAGUAGCUGAAAUAAAAUCACUUGUGAAUGCUCUGGGCCAGAUCCUAGAAAAUACUGAAGAGUACCGAUCAAAGGUACUAGGGUGUAAAGUGGACUCACUUACAUCCCAGCUAGAUGACCCAUCCCACACUCCUGUGGGUCUGCAUGAAACAAUCCAUAGCAGAACAGUAAACAGAUUGAGCUGUGGCCAUGUCAGCCCUGAGAUCAAUAAUUAUUCCUUCACAUAUAUGGGGACUGAAGACCAACUACAGUCAGGGAUUGAAGCCCAUAGAGCCUGUGAUGAAGAUCUGAACCAAGGAGGGACAGAUAUCUGGUUUGAUCAGCUCCCCUUCCCCAAGGGAAGUGACCUUCUUUCUGAGUACAGGGGAAUUGGAGACAAGCAGGAGUCAGGUCUUGCUGACCAGAGAUUCUGUGACCCAAAUAAAAUCACAAGAAAUGUUGGAAUGGUCUGCUGGCCACAUAGCAGCUUCGAGGGGCACAACCAUUCCUUCGAAUACAAAGAAAACAGAGCCAAACAGCAGCCAGAAAUUGUCCAUAAACCCCCUUUCCCAUGUCAAUGUACGAAGAAAGGAACAGGCUGUGGCCGCUCUCUCAGUCCCAUAGAGAACUGUGCAGUCAAGCAUAAGGGAAAUGACUGCUUAAGGACUUCAGUUGCUGCCCACCAAGCCUCUCACACCAGGUAGACCUCACCAGGACAGGGCAGGGAGCAGGAGGCUCUGGUCAUCCUUUUUCAAGAAGAUGUCCCAUCUGCCCAUCCAUUGUGUCCCCCAUGCUUCCUGGUAAUAAACUUGGUUUUGUCCCUGCAAAGAAA